AUGGUUUCUUUGGAUAAAUCAAACUACCCAACAUAUACAACUUUACAAAUCGUUUCAUCAAACCUACAAGUUGCAACCACUACAUCAUGUAAAAUAACACUUCUUCCAUCUGAAAUAUUAAUACAAAUUUGUUCAUACUUAACUCCUUAUGAAUUACUUUUACUAAGUGAGACGUGUGUUAGAUUCAAGAAAUUUCUUGAUGCACCAAAAUCUUCUACUACACAGGAGAUAUGGAAAAAUUCUAAGAAAGCGUUCGUGUCAUCAGACGAUGAGGAUGAUGAUGACAUGAACCCACCGGAAGGGAUGUGUAAACGGGAUUAUUUUAAAUUAUUGUAUUAUAAGGAGUGCUCGUUUUGUGAAAAUAAGGAUAAAUAUUUGGGUAGAAUUUUUUGGCAAUUUAAAGUUCGUUGUUGUUCAACGUGUUUAAUGAAAAACACGAUAAGCCUUCGAGAAUUGUUAACGAAAUAUGUUGACAUGCCAGAAAAUUUGAUCUUAACGAUUCCAUACAUCUGUUAUAAUUAUACGCAUUACUUUUGGACAAACAGCAUCAAAUACAUUUACAUAAAAUACCUUAUCUAUUUAAAAUCCACCGCACUUCGUUCACCACAAUUUCAUUCAUUCGUGGAUUCCCUUAAAUCGAAUUUUGAAUCCGUGAUGAAUUAUGCUAGAGAAAAAGAACGAGUGCAAGAGAAAAAAGAAAUGGAGUAUAGAAAAAGAUAUCGAAGACCAUUAUUGAGUCGAUUACAACGAAUUAGUUUUAAAAAAAUUGUACUUCCAAUUUCGAGGUUAGAACGUGAAAUGUUGAGAAUUAAAGAAAGAUUAACAACAAGAGAAAAAUUUAAAAGUUUAAAGCAAAGAUUUGAUAGAUUUGAUGAAAGAACUUUCUUGGAAAAUAAGCAAGUUGUUAAACAGAUAUCACGUAUCAAGCAUAAUAAGAAAAGGAGAGGUCAAAAAAAUCAAAAUGGUGAAACAAUAAAGAGAUGCAAAGAUAAUCGAAAGAAAUUUUCACAUAAAUAUGGAUAA